AUGUGCCGAUGGCAAGAGCUAUCUGAGGCCGUCGAGAGUUGGAUGAGCACAAGACCGAGUACUUUUGACCCAAUCUGGUAUAGCGAAGCCGUUCCGGGCAAUGGAAACCCUUUCCCAGAGAUAUGGUUCACGGCGGACUGGCAUAUUAUGGCAUUCGGUUACUAUCAUCUUGCCUGUAUGCUCUUAGUCAUUUACAAGCCAUCGCCUAAAUUUGCAGUCAGAGGGGUCCAUGGUACAGCUCGUGAGUCUGAUAUCCGGGUCAUGAAGCACGCUCGUGCAAUUUGUGGUGCAUGCAACAGUUCCCCUUCGACGGUGCCAUCGUUGAUCACGCUCUGUCAUUCCACCUUUAUUUGGGGUCCCUUGAUGACAGAUUUAGCAGAAAGGGAGGAAUUAAUGAGACUGCUGCGAGAUAUGGAAACGAAGCAUGCGUGGCCGACGAGUUGGAUAGUGAAUUCUCUAAAAGAAGAAUGGUCGACAACGUAG